UCAGGUUUUCCGUGGCGCUGCGGGCGGCGACACGUGAGGCUCCUGCUGCCAGGAAAAGCUGGGAGGUUCUGCGGUCGGAGGCGGCCAUCCCAGAAGUGCCUGGCCCUGCCGGGAGGAGGCAACACUUAGGAUCGCAGGUGCCCGCACUGGGGCAGUGCUUCAACCUGACUCCAGUUGGUGGAAGACGAAAAGGAGCAGGAAGGGGCCGGGUACCCGUCCCUCGCGCCCCGGAUGGAUGUGCCCGGCCCGGUGUCCCGGCGGGCGGCGGCGGCGGCCGCAACCAUGCUCCUGCGCACGGCUCGGGUCCCGCGCGAAUGCUGGUUCUUGCCCACCGCGCUGAUCUGCGCCUACGGCUUCUUCGCCAGCCUCAGGCCGUCUGAGCCCUUCCUGACCCCCUACCUGCUGGGGCCCGACAAAAACCUGACGGAGAGGGAGGUCUUCAAUGAAAUAUACCCAGUAUGGACUUACUCUUACCUGGUGCUGCUAUUUCCUGUGUUCCUUGCCACAGACUACCUCCGUUACAAACCUGUUGUUCUGCUGCAGGGACUCAGCCUUAUUGUGACAUGGUUCAUGCUGCUCUAUGCCCAGGGACUGCUGGCCAUUCAAUUCUUGGAAUUCUUCUAUGGUAUUGCCACCGCCACCGAAAUUGCCUAUUACUCCUAUAUCUAUAGUGUGGUGGACCUGAGCAUGUACCAGAAAGUCACCAGUUACUGUCGAAGUGCCACCUUGGUGGGCUUCACAGUAGGCUCUGUCCUAGGACAAAUCCUCGUCUCAGUGGCAGACUGGUCCCUGUUCAGCCUGAAUGUCAUCUCUCUUACCUGUGUUUCUGUGGCUUUCGCUGUGGCCUGGUUUCUGCCUAUGCCACAGAAGAGCCUUUUCUUUCACCAUGUUCCUGCCUCCCAGGGAAUGAAUGGCAUCAAGGUACAAAAUGGUGGCAUUUCUACUAACACCUCAGCUUCUAACCACCUUCCCCAGUGGGAGGACGUUGAAUCAAAAAUCCCUCUAAAUACGGAAGAGCCUCCCAUGGAGGAACAGGGAUCCAAGCCAGACCGACUCCUUGUGCUGAGGGUCCUGUGGAAUGAUUUCCUGAUAUGCUACUCCUCUCGCCCUCUGCUCUGCUGGUCUGUGUGGUGGGCCCUCUCUACCUGCGGCUAUUUUCAAGUCGUGAACUAUGCACAGGGCCUGUGGGAGCAGGUGAUGCCUUCUCGCCAUGCUUCUAUCUACAACGGUGGUGUGGAGGCCGUUUCAACCUUACUAGGUGCUGUUGCUGUAUUUGCAGUUGGUUACAUAAAAAUAUCCUGGUCUACUUGGGGAGAAUUGACACUGUCUGUGUUUUCUCUCUUGAUUGCUGCCGCAGUGUACAUCAUGGACACUGUGGGUAACAUUUGGGUGUGCUACGCAUCCUACGUUGUCUUCAGAAUCAUCUAUAUGUUACUCAUCACUAUAGCAACUUUUCAGAUUGCUGCAAGCCUCAGCAUGGAGCGCUACGCCCUAGUGUUUGGUGUAAAUACCUUCAUUGCUCUGGCCCUACAGACUCUACUCACUGUAAUUGUGGUGGAUGCCAGUGGCCUGGGCUUGGAAAUUACCACUCAGUUCUUCAUCUAUGCUGGUUAUUUUGCACUCAUCGCUGUGGUUUUCCUGGCUAAUGGUGCAGUCAGUAUUAUGAAGAAAUAUAGAAAGCAGGAAGAUCCAGAAUCACGUUCUCAAGCGACCACUUCAUAAUGCACUGCUGAUGAGUUUCCUUUCACAAGAACUCUGCACAGCAACUGUGCCUGGAUGUAUUUAAUUUUUUAAAGUGUAGACAUAUAUUUAUGAGUGUGCAUUUCAUGGCUUCAAAGGAGCCAAGUGACUAUACCUUGUCUUCCUAGAGUAACAGAAUACUGUCAGAGGUGAAGUUUACUUCAUGAAUUAUUUAUGAGAGCCAAUUUAAGGAUGACUUUUUUUCUGAUUCAGAAGAGAACUUGCUUUUGAAAACCAAGUAAUAGGAGCCACCAAGCAGUACAUGGCGAUGUAUUCUUGCUAGCAAGUGAGUUUGGUGUUUCGUAGGUCAAGUGCUUCUGUAUCUGAUUAGCCAGAUGCUUCACCUGAUGGAACCAGGGCUGCACAGGGGCUACAAGAUAUUAUAGGUCAGAAUAGAAACAUGUGGUAACAGCACCUGCCUUUGUUCAAUUUAAUCCUUGUUUCACUGUUACUCAUGGGCAUUUGUGUUUCUACAGAAGAAAGUUGUUCCUGUCACUGGCAGUAUUUGCUCUGGUUUGGUGUUCUAUCCUAUAAGGAGUACGUGUCAUUCCUAAUUUUAAGUUAUUUUUAAAAAUUCAUUGUGUAAAUGUUUUCAAUUCCCAUCUUGACAGUUAUGUUCUUGUGUAGAUUUUUCUUAGAAGUACAUUUUUAUAUUAUUCAUAUGCUUCCCAGAGAAGCUAAUUUAGUUAAAACUAAGGCAAGUUGUGAGGCCUGCGAAUAGUCUAAGUGAAAACUAAUCAGAAAACUUAAGGUAGGUUUGCUUGUCUUUUAUUCUUCAGUAUGAAGGACUAUUAAUUCUAUGAUAAAAAGUUGCUAAAUGGGCUAAAGUUACCAAAAAACAAAAGCCCAUUUUAUAUUUGUAUUCCUUUUUAUUUCCAAAAUAAAAUGAAAAAAUCUUAAAAAAAAACAAAACAAAAAAACUUCACCUCCAUUUUAUAUUUGUCUUUCUUAUCCAAGAUGAAGAUGUCAUUAAGAGUUGGAUUAUUCCAAGAUCUUUUGCACAAACUGAGCCUCUUUUUAAUUAUUUUAAUGGGACAGGAACUAGGAUAGACUGGGUUCCUGCAUCUUGUACAUUAAAUCUGCCUUUAUUUCUAAAGGUGGGUCAUCCUGAAUAUUUGCUUAAAAUAAGAGUUGUGAUUCCAUUUCCAAGUUACUUGAAAAAAAAUGUUAUUCUGCAUACAUUUAAUCAGGAAAUCAGUCUAUCAAGUGGCUGCUGGUGUAUGUGAGACAUGAAAACUAUUUUAAAGCCAACUUUGUUGCCUUGUCUUUAAAAAAAU